AUGGACUUGUCGUGUGGUUCUCUAGCAGCAGACACUUCAGUGAGAGAAGAGAGAAGCACUGGAACCAGAGACCAGCAGCAUCUACACCACUGUCACAGGCGGUACCUCCUGCUUCCUUUUCACCUGCUGUCCCCGUUCCACCUGCUGUCCCAGUUCCACCUGCUGUCCCAGUUCCACCUGCUGUCCCCGUUCCACCUGCUGUCCCAGUUCCACCUGCUGUCCCAGUUCCACCUGCUGUCCCAGUUCCACCUGCUGUCCCAGUUCCACCUGCUGUCCCAGUUUCACCUGCUGUCCCAGUUCCACCUGCUGUCCCAGUUCCACCUGCUGUCCCAGUUCCACCUGCUGCCCUCAGACAGAAGUACAGCUUGA